AUGCCCUGGUUCAAACGGGUGUGGGUCGUGCAGGAAGCUGCUCUGGCUAAGAGCUGCGUGUCUCUAUGGGGGCGAGAGCAGAUGAAUAUUGCCGAGCUCUAUGAGUUAUGCCACUGGCUGGGACACCGAAAAGACAUGGCCGCAACCACCGUCGUUUCCGCGAAAAGGUCGGUGGUGGCCAACGGGUUUCUGUUUGACCGCAUUGUCUGGACGUCAGAUGCAAUUAUGUGGCGGAAUUUUGGUCUCGAGACAGCCCAGUGGGAUAAGGACCAUCUAGGCAACGAAACUCUCAUCGAUCAACUUUAG